UCUCGCCUGUCCAACUUGCCAAGUAAUUUUGCUGAAGCAGAUUUAUUGGAUUUACUAACAGCACUCUGUCCGUCAACUGUCUUCACAACAAAUGAUGCAUCAACAGAUGCUUCAUUCUUAAAUAUACCUUCGUCUACUUCAAAUUCACCAUCAGAUAAUCUUGUUGGUUACGAAAUAGUUUAUCGUCUUAUUAAUUUUGCUGUAAAACAAUUCAAGCAUGCUUCUAAUCGAGCCAACCAGUCAUGUUAUACGCUAGAAUCAACAAAUGCUGAAUUGAAAAAAGCCCUGGAUGAAUCAAAACAACAAGUGAAUCAACUAGUCGAAACAAUAGAUGGAAUAAUUGCUGAUCAACGUCAAUCUCGUGAAACUGAAAAUAAUCUGAACCGUGAAAUUAAA